AAGUAAACGUGACCUAUUUUUUGCCUAUAUUAAGCAUUUUCAAGCAUAUAAAAUAGGUAAAAAUGCAAAGAAAGAGUCAUAACUUGGUGCCUACUUUCUCAUUUGAGAUGUCGUGACUGCCACUGUGUCCCACAGCUUCUAUGAUGAAUGAAAUAUUCUCUCCUUGUGGACCACAAACGACAGAUGCUCCUGGUAACACAGUCCACGUGAUCAGGUCGUCACAUACCUGGUAAAAGAACAGAACAAAGGUGAAGCUCCAAAACACACCUGAAGUUUGAAGAUUUAGUGAAGCAGCGCCUCACAGCUCCGAGUGAAGAACAGACCGACGCUUUUUCCAAGGAUGCCAAGGUCGUUCCUCGUAAAAAAGAAACACGGAGUGCUGAGAGAAUGGCGAUGGAAGGAGUCACAACCAAUCGAGUGGGAGCAAAGCACGACGGCUGUGAGUAAUGACCAGCUAGCAUGGAAUGUUGAUUCCACGAUGCUUCAGCCACAAUCUAUCUUAGCGAUUCCCAUGACAGUGCCAAGACCUUUGGCCGCAUCUGAGGGAAUCGUUGCAGACCACAUUCACGGCUGGUCCACGAGAACCCUGCCGAGCUCCUUCCACCAUCUCACUGCACCGCCGCUUGACAGCAAAGCAAAGCCUGCUUCUGGUAACUUUGUGUGCUCAGUGUGCCACAAGGUGUUUCCUCUGCAGCGUAUAUUGACUCGUCACAUGAAGUGUCACAGCUUGGUAAAGAGACACCCUUGUCCAUUUUGUGGCAAAGGAUUUAAUGAUACAUUCGACCUGAAGAGACAUAUGAGAACACACACAGGUAUACGCCCCUACAAGUGUGAGCUUUGUGAAAAGGCAUUCACACAACGUUGCUCCCUGGAGUCCCACAUGAGGAAGAUUCAUGGCAUUCAUCAACAGUAUGCUUACCGACAAAGGCGUUCCAAAAUCUUUGUGUGCGAAGAUUGCGGUUACACUGCAAUUUGCCCCGAUGAGUACUUUCUUCAUGUAGGACAAUGUCACCCUGGAAGUCCCGCCCUCCGUAGGUACUGUCGACAUAAAGCGCAAGACAACUGCAGCUUUGCAUCUAGUGAUGGCAAAGCCACCCCUUAUUUGAUGUACCCAGCCUCUGCAUUUUACAUGUAAGGCCUCUUUUUUUGUUGUGAGUUUGGCUUUUUUGGAAAAUAGUAAUUAAUUGAUUAAGCAUUAUCAACCAUUAUGCAUGAGAAAUAUGGUUUUAUUUUCUGAUUAUGCAAGUUUACACUUGUGAAUCAACCUUCCAUAUUGUUGAUGGUCUUGCAGUGCAUGACUCAGGUCAAGCCCUUUUACGGCUCUUGGGUCUUUCCUAUUGUGUAGGAGAGUUUUGAAUGGAACAUGUGGAUUGAUACCAGAAUACUGCUACUUCCAGUCCCAUUUUGUUUUCAGUGGUUAACAGGUUGCCUUUGUUGAUAUUUAAGAUAAAACCUAUUUAUGUCGUUGAUCCAUUUCUAACUUUAUAAUAAAGAAAAGACAAGUAUGUCUCUGUUGCAUUCUCUUUCCUGGUUGCCGGGACAACUUCCACCCUCACUAGCACCGUUUGAAACAUCUUUCACUCUAUGGAGAGAAAAUAGCAACUUUAAAAUGUAAGUAUUGCUUUUUUCCCCCCUCAUUACAACUAUUUUGACUAUAAUCGCUGCACUCAUAGUUGUCCAAGAACUGCCCACGCCUCCACCCACAAUCCAUGACACAGUGCUUCAGGAAAAUGCCUCUGUGGUUGUG